GGCAUGAUUAUUAGUUGCUGUAAUUGUCAGAAAAAACAAUUUGCAGACAAACCGCUGUUGUCACAAAUGAAACUGAAGCUGCUAGCACAACACAAUACAACUGUCUCUCAUGCUUUACUUCAUAUUUCAGCUACUUCAUAUCAACAUACACACUGUUCUUUUUUUCUUCCAAAAAUCUCUUAACAACUUUCUCCUUCUAAAUUAUAAAUCCAUAUUCCACAAAAACAUCAUUGUACUUCUGUCUGGUUGUAACAAUAGAACUGAAUCCAAUUCAUUCAUUCUCAGAUGUGCUCUACUGUGUUGGUUGGAUGACAUAUGAAGGUGCAUUUAUCUUGUAAUAGAAGUAACUAAGAAUAAAUGGCACUAGUGAAGAAUUCCCGAGGAGGGGACGGGAGGAACUCAUCAAAUUACUGUUCAACGGUUCCAGUAGCUGUGUUUGUUGCAUUUUGUUUAGUUGGUAUAUGGAUUGCGAUGUCAUCCAUUGUUCCACUUCAGGAUUCAGUCAUGGAGGUAUCCGAGACGAUUAAUGAGGUGAAAAAUAUAGCUAAUCAAACUGGUUCUAGGCAAUAUGAAGACAAGAUAGGGGAUACACCAAAUGAAUCAGCAAUGAGAGAUAACCUCACCCCGAUAUCUCAGAGCGAAAAUCGUUCAGAAUCUGCAGAAACAGAAAAACUUGAUGGUCAAAAUGAUAAUAACCAACUCAGAGGAUCAUCGGAAACUUUAGAUGAAAUUAAAUCUGACAAGAGCUUAGACGAUAGCAAAUUAGGGACAGAAAAUAGUGUCAGUGAAGUCUCACAACAAGAUGAGGGUGAGACUAAGAAGGAGGAAAUCAAGGAAAAUCUGCAAACAAAUACACAAGAUAGUACUGGAGAGAGUAACAUGGAAAGCCUUGAAAAUUCAAAAGAUGAAACUUUAAUUGAAGCUGGAACCAAAAAUGGAACCUGGUUAACUCAAGAUUCUGAGUCACAGCAUGACAAGGAUUCACAGAAGUCUUCGAUCUCUAUUGAUAGCAGCAAAUACGACUGGAAACUUUGUAAUACAACAUCGGGAUCAGAGUACAUCCCUUGUCUUGACAAUUUGAAAGCAAUUAAAAAACUUCAAAGCAUAAGUCACUAUGAACAUCGAGAGAGGCACUGUCCGGAUGAAGUUUCCACUUGUCUUGUUUCACUUCCGGAGGGCUAUAGAAGCCCAAUUAGGUGGCCCAAAAGCAGGGAAAUGAUAUGGUACAACAAUGCUCCUCACACAAAGCUUGUAGAAUCUAAGGGUCAUCAAAACUGGAUUAAAGUUUCUGGUGAAUACCUUAGUUUUCCUGGUGGUGGAACUCAAUUUAAGCAUGGUGCUCUUCAUUACAUCGAAUUCAUUGAGAAAUCUUUGCCUAAUAUUGCAUGGGGGAAGAGAAGUCGUGUCAUAUUAGAUGUUGGGUGUGGGGUAGCAAGCUUUGGUGGCUAUCUGUUUGAAAAAGAUGUUUUGACCAUGUCAUUUGCUCCUAAAGAUGUGCAUGAGGCACAAGUGCAAUUUGCACUGGAACGUGGAAUUCCUGCAACUUUAGGCGUCAUGGGCACCAAAAGAUUACCAUUCCCCGGUUCUGUCUUUGAUCUUAUCCACUGUGCCCGUUGUAGAGUCCCUUGGCACAUAGAAGGUGGAAAGUUACUCUUAGAGCUUAAUCGUGUCUUGCGACCUGGUGGUUACUUUGUGUGGUCUGCUACUCCAGUGUAUCAAAAGGAUCCAGAAAGUGUUGGCAUUUGGAAAGACAUGCGUACAAUUACAAAGUCAAUGUGCUGGGAUCUGGUGGUUAUUGCAAAAGACAGAUUGGAUGGAGUUGCAGCAGCAAUAUAUAGAAAACCAACCGACAAUAAAUGCUACGAGAGAAGACUGAAAAAUGAGCCACCAAUGUGUAGCGAAUCUGAUGAUCCCAAUGCAGCCUGGAACAUAUCACUACAGGCUUGUAUGCACAAAGUGCCAUUAGGUGAAUCAGAGCGUGGAACAAUCUGGCCAGAGCAAUGGCCACUGAGGUUGGAGAAACCACCUUACUGGUUAAACUCUCAGACCGGUGUUUAUGGAAGAGAUGCUCCAGUGGAAUUCACCGCUGACACCAGGCAUUGGAAAGUUGUUAUUUCACAUUCAUAUUUGAAUGGAAUGGGAAUCAAUUGGUCUUCGGUAAGAAAUGUCAUGGACAUGAAAUCUGUUUAUGGAGGAUUUGCCGCGGCACUCAGAUUGUUGAAAUUGAAUGUUUGGGUAAUGAAUGUGGUUCCAGUUGAUUCUCCAGACACAUUGCCUCUAAUAUACGAGCGUGGAUUAUUCGGUAUUUAUCAUGAUUGGUGCGAGUCGUUUAGUACCUAUCCUAGAUCUUAUGAUCUUCUCCAUGCGGAUUUUUUAUUCUCAGCACUUAAAGAAAGGUGCAAUAUUGUGGCAGUGAUUGCAGAAGUUGAUAGAAUGUUGAGACCAGAAGGAUACUUGAUAAUAAGAGACAAUGAGGAAAUAAUUGGUGAGAUAGAGAACAUGGCAAAAUCUCUACAUUGGGAUAUUCGGUCGAGUUAUGCUAAAAACGGGGAAGGUUUACUUUGCCUUCAGAAGACAUUCUGGCGACCAACAAAGGUUGAAACUGUUGUGUCGGCCUUUGCUUAAUUUUUUAUGCUUCAGCUUCACUUUUCACUCAUUGUUUUGGCAGAAUGGGUAUUUUCUUAUUCUUUACUUCUAUGUUUGUAUUAUUGAAGAAUGUCUUUUUUUUUUUUUUUUUUUUUUUUUUAACCUCCGGUUCCUAGGGGAAUGUGGCCCUAGUAAUCUGGAGUUCGGCCGAGAGGUAAGUAAAGCCGAUUCGUCCUAUGGGAGCUAUUGAAGAAUGUCAUUUGUAGAACUCUGUAAUGUAAUAUUUAUUUAUUAUUUUAAUGUAAAUAUAUAUGUGGUUUAUCAUUCUUUUGGCA